UUCUCAUGCGCUCUGGAGUUAGACAGAGACGCAGCACCAGACGAAAACAGCCGAAUUUACUCCCGAAGACCAGCACCACUCUUCAAUUAGUGUCUUGAGUGCUAAUGAGGUUUUUAACGCAGCAUCCAAACUUGGUAAUGAAAUAGUGCCGUUUCGUGACACUGAUUUUGCGCAACGGUUUCCCUCGAUCUGGCGCCAGAUUUGCUGGGGAAUAAAAGAUGAUUCUCCACGUGCCCUGUUCCUAUGAAAUUAUUUGGAUUCCGUCUCGCAUUUUUGGAGGAAAUCAGCACUGAACGCAGUACAACGUUUUCUGGACAACUUUGGUGCCAGUGGACACGGGCAGUCGCGAAAGUCUUUUACUGCCCCGAGAUUGUUGGCUCUAAGCAGGAUGGACCUCAUCGGGCUCUACUUGUUCCAGCUGGCAAUUUUUGGGGUGCCGCGGCUGGUGUCCGGGGGCCGGUGGGACUGUCUGACUGCGGGGGAUUCGUGCUCCAGCGACGAGGCGUGCAGCCCGCGCUUGAGAACACUGCGGCAGUGUGUCGCAGGCGGCGGAAGCGUGAAGCUGGGUCCGGGGGCGCGCAACCACUGCGAGAACGCCGUGACGGCCCUGCUGUCUAGUCCUCUGCACCGAUGCCAGUGCAAACGGGGCAUGAAGAGAGAGAAGAACUGUCUUAGCAUCUACUGGAGCCUCAAGCAGUCCGUGCUGCACGGGCUGAGCUUGGUGGAGAAUUACCCCUAUGAGCCUGUCGAGCGGGGCUUUGAUUAUGUUCGCCUGGCCUCCAUCGCUGCAGAGUCUGAGGUGGGCAUGACAACAGUGAACCGUUGUUUGGACGCUGCUAAGGCCUGUAAUGUGGAUGAGACGUGUCAGAAACUACGCACAGAGUACGUGUCGGCAUGCAUCGCCCCAUCGGUGCGGGCUGGGCCCUGCAACCGAGCACGCUGCAGCAAAGCACUGAGAAAGUUCUUCGACCGUGUGCCGCCAGACUACACACACGAGCUGCUCUUCUGUCCAUGCUCUGACACGGCUUGUUCAGAGCGACGGCGCCAGACCAUUGUGCCUGCGUGCUCUUAUGAAGAAAGGGAAAAACCCAAUUGCCUGUCACAACUUCGAGUUUGUGAGGCCGACUAUGUGUGCAAGUCUCGCUGGGCUCAGUUCCAGCACGACUGCCAACCCUCCGAGCUUACUGCCAGCGGCUGCCAGCAAGAAAAUUACGGAGCCUGCCUUGUUGCGUACACCGGCCUGAUAGGUAGCAUUAUCACUCCGAACUACCUAGAUAACUCUACAUCAAAUGUGGGACCGUGGUGCUCUUGUGCAGCUAGCGGGAAUUUCCGAGAUCAGUGCAACCACUUCCUCAGCCAUUUCCAUGACAACAAUUGCUUGAAGAACGCCAUCCUGGCUUUCGGGAAUGACACAGACCUGAAAUCUGCGACCAACCAAGCUCCAGGCUCCAACACGAACACUUACAACCAGAUCUUAGUUACCAGCACCGAGACCACCACUACCACCAUUGGUUCUGGCAUGCAGACCGAGCAGAACAUCCUGCGUCCACAGAUGCCCACACAGAUGAACGAGAGAGACAGACUGUGGGGCGACUCCACGCUCCCGUCCCCUGAUCUCUAUGACGCCAGUCCUGCAGCGGCCCACCUGGCCAUGGUAAUGUGGCUCCUCCCCUUCCUGCUGCUGGCUCUCUAACUUUAAAAUCAAGCAACUAAUCAAAGCACCACAGAACUGAGACAGCGUGCGUGUAUUCAUGAGUUUCGACUUCCGCAUCACAAUAACUCAUUCGGGGAGGACGCAAAAACCGCCAAACUCUCUAAAUAUAUCAAACCCUGCUCCAUUCCUCAAUGCAACAUAGUGAUUCAUUGUCUGGGUGUUCACAAUGACUGAUUUCAAGAGUUUAAAUAAUUGUAUGUGUCUCUCUCUCUUAAUUUGAACUGAAGAUGGUGCCCGUGUAAGAUAAAACCCCCUCUCUUCAAAGCGAGCGACUGAAAGGUAGUCGACGGGUGGCUGAGUCAUGCCUAUGCUACAAAUUUCAUACAAAAAAAAAAAGAAAAGAAAAAAAACUAAAUUCUACCUGUUCAUCAUCCAUAUUUUAAUAUCUAUUUUUCCCCAGCUCUCUCAAAUGGACGGUGUUGGUACGUGUGCUGUAUAUUCACCCGGAUAGAAGUGUGUUUUGCGAUGUUUGCUUGAAGAAGCACAAGAACAAGCGGUAAGAGAAAGGAAACUGAUGUAAUGCACUAAAAGUGUCUGCGAUGAGAGCUCUUUCAGUGGGUUACAGAGACGGUCUUUAUUUUUGUAAUGUGGCUGUAUUGUUUAGAUGUAGGCUGUUUCUCCCAGCAGUCUUGGAGUGCAUGGUUUGCUAAGAAAGUGGCACAGAUAUGAAGAGCAGAAGAGCUUAAGUAUCUUAAUGAAUGCCAUGAUCACUGAGCAGUUCUUGUAUACUUCACCUGUGAAUAUGGGUGUCUGAAAUACUGCAUC